AUGUUGUCUAUGAGGCAUGUGAUCGGGUUGAGUGUUGGCCUCUUUGGCAUGUGUGAACUGGUUUACUUGUUCGUCCAAGUCAACUAUCAAGUCUACUACAAACCACAGCAUCAUUCUGUGGAAAACGAGAAUGAACAAGAUCUGCAUGAGGUUUUGUCGUUGCUACCGAAAGACCGGCUCAAUAUUUGGAUGAUGCCAAUUAGAAGUAGAGUUAAGGCACAAGUGAAGAAAAGUGAGAUUCUACCACCAUCUGUGAUAGAUAUUCUUGUACCUAAUGCGUCUUACAUAUGGAAAGAGGGCCAGGACAACUAUGUGUACAGGUAUUACGAUCCAUUAAAACCAAAAUUAUUUAACCUUUCCGAAACAAACAAUGGUUUAUUCACUAACUUCUCAAACGUGUUGUGCUUUGGGCACGGAACAAAUGCAACGCUCUCAUCAAAAGGAAAAUCCUGUGUGUGUGUAUCUGGUUGGUCUGGUGCUGAAUGUGCUAUACCACACGUGCUGAAUAAAUCAAGGAUGCCCAUUGGCAUUGAUAAAAUGAAAAUACGCAAGUCGCCUCGACGCAUUCUCCAUGCAAUCAACGUCAAUCACGAGGUGGACAUGUCUGAAGUCCGUUUUCACGAACUUUCCGAUGUCGUCGAUGUGUUUAUAAUUUGCGAAUCUAACUACACAGCAUUUGGAAUGCCGAAGAACCUAACAUUUCUUUCACUGCUGCAAAAGGGCUUUCUUAAGGAGUUUCAGCACAAAAUUGCAUACAUAUUCCUUGACCAUUUCCCCUCGGGAGGAAAGGAAGAUGGUUGGGUUGCUGAUCGAUACUUGAGAACGUUCAUGGGCAAAAAGGCCUUAACUCAAAUAAUUGGAUACCGCCCUGAUGACCUCAUUGUCCUGGCAGACGCGGACGAGAUACCCAGUAGUGAUGUUCUUUGGUUUCUCAAGAUGUAUGAUGGCUAUUCUGAACCGAUAGCAUUCACACUCCGUUGGUCCUAUUAUGGAUUUUUCUGGAAGGGACCAAAUGACAAGCACACACAGGUGACAAGUGCAGCUACAAUAGCAUAUGUUAAGUAUGUGUGCGACAGUGAUCUAAUCAAACUUCGGCGGCCACCUAAACAACUGAACAGUGAUGUUUACCGCAGUGCCUUUAAUCGUAGUGUCUUAACCUGGACCAUUGGACCUCCGCAAGGACCAUUUGCGGGAUGGCACUGUUCCUGGUGCUUUCCACCACAGGGCAUCCAAACUAAGCUUAUAUCAGCGCAAAACGGUGACUUUCCGCGUUGGGGUAACUUUAAGGCAAAACAGAGCCUGGACUACAUAAAGGGCCUAAUUAGAGAUGGGAAGUAUUUCGAUGGUUCGCAUCCAUUUAAAGCGAUAGUAACCCUAAAAAGUGAUGCUUUUUAUGCACCUUCCUAUGUACUGAGCAAUCCGAAGAGAUUUUCUUACUUACUUCAUAACCCCUAUAGGAGCACAUAG